AUGCGUGCAGUCGUGCCAUUGGUGUCUCUGUCGCUCUGGCAGCAAGCACUGGCAGCCGGUACCAAUUUUCUGGACCAUGCCGAGCUGCUUUCCGGAGUCGAAGACUCGGCCUGGUUCGAGAGAAACAUCCCGCUGAUAGAAGUGCCAAGCACGCAGAUCCAAGAUGUCUACUACUAUCGCUGGCAGACCUACAAGGAGCACCUGGCUUACACGGGAGCUCAGCACGGCUACCUUGCCACCGAGUUCCUUCACCCAGCCUCGUACGGCGCACCAUUCGGCGGCAUCGUCGCCGCCGCCGGGCACCAUAUCACAGAGGGUCGAUGGCUUCGAGACGCCACCUACGGCCAGGACCUCGUCAACUAUUGGCUCGCUGGCCCCGGGCAGCUCCCCAAGCCCGCGACAGACAAUGUCAACAAGGAUACGUACGACUGGGCCCACGAAUACAGCUUUUGGGCUGCAAGUGCUGUUUGGAAGCAAUAUCUCAUCACGGGAGAUCGAAACUUUACGACAGGCCAUCUCGACAACCUCGUCAAACAGUACCGCGCCUGGGACAGCCACUUCAACCCCGACCUCGGACUAUACUGGCAAGUUCCCGUCUGGGACGCCACUGAGUACACGGCGGCAUCCUACGAAUCCCCGAGCGGUGACGCCUACCAUGGCGGAGCCGGCUACCGUCCAACCAUCAAUGCCUACCAAUACGGUGACGCUCGUGCGAUUGCCGCGGUCGCAUCACUGACUGGGGAUGUCGAGCUGCAGAUGGAGUAUGAGCAGCGCGCUGAAUCUCUACAGAAAGCGCUUGAGGCCCACUUGUGGAACGAGAAUCAGCAAUUCUUCAUGCAUCGCGAUCGUGAUUACCAGCAAAAGCUGCUGGAGGAUCGCGAGAUCAUGGGCUUUCUCCCCUGGAUGUUCAACAUGCCUUCCAGCAACUUCUCAACGGAACCCUUCAAGCAGUUGAUGGACAAUGAAGGGUUCGCAUCAACGUACGGGCCAACGACUCUUGAGCAAAGAAGCAAGUGGUACAUGUAUGAAGCCGACGGCUGCUGUCGCUGGGACGGCCCCUCGUGGCCAUUUGCCACCUCGCAAACUCUCGCUGCCGUCGAGACCUUGCUGCAUGAAUAUCAGCAAAGUACAAUCACGUCGUCAGACUACGUCAAUCUUCUAGAGACAUACGCAAAGACACUUUACAAAGACGGAAAGCCGUACGUUGCCGAAGCGCAUCAUCCAACCGAAGACAGGUGGAUUUACGACGGACGGGAUCACAGCGAGGACUACAACCAUUCAACAUUUGUUGACAAUGUUCUCGCCGGCCUUUUGGGACUACGUGGUCAGUCCGAAAACUCCUUGACCAUUCGCCCUCUGGUGCCCUCAUCGUGGGCUUACUUUGCCAUCGAAAACCUGGCCUAUCACGGCCGCAGCCUUACUGUGCUGUGGGACGAGUCGGGCACUCGAUACAACCAAGGUAAGGGUUUCAAGGUGUUUAUUGAUGGAAGCAUUGUCCUCGAACGCGACUAUGUCGAGGAAGCGACUGUCAAGGUUACUCCCGCUAUCCCCGUGCCCCCGGCAGCAAAGGUAAACAUUGCUGCAAACACGCAGGGAUUCGCAGAGCUGUCCCAGGCUUUUGCCUCGUACACAUCCCCAUUCGACGACCCGAUGCGCGCCAUUGACGGCAACAUCUGGAGGACAGCCGUUCCUUCCAACACCCGAUGGACCUCGUACCAAAGUCCCAACGCGACAGACUAUUUCGGAGUUGAUCUCCGCCAGACGCAGUCCGUGUGCGAUGUCCGACUCUACUUUUACGACGACGACGACGGUGUCCGCAUCCCGGACAGCUACGACCUGCAGUACCUGCAGCAAAACGGAAGCGCAGAAUGGGCGAGCGUGCCGGGCCAACGACGCAGCAAGACGCCAACCUCAUCCAACGACGAGAUCCGAGUGACGUUUCCAGCCCUCGCAGCCUCGCAGCUCAGGGUCCUGGCGCCAAACCCAUCGGCCGGAAAGGGCUGGGGCCUGUCCGAGUUGCAGGUCUGGACCGCGGCCAUUUUCAAGAUCCGCAACGCGAACAGCGGAAAGCUCAUGGGCGUCGACCAGCAGCUGCUCGUGGCCCCUGGCGCUCACGUCCAGCAGCGCGACGAUGCCGGCGCGCGGGAACAGUUCUGGGAGUUCGUGCCGGCGACCGGCGGCUGGAGCAAGAUCAGGAAUCUAAACAGCGGCCUCUUGCUCAUGGUCGCCUCGGACGAGAACAGCGCGAAUCUGAUGCAGGAUGACGACGGGGACACGCAGCACUGCCUGUGGAAGGUGGAGUCGCAAGGAAACGGCCAGUUCCUGAUACGGAAUAGAGGUAGUGGAAAGGUUGCGGGCGUCGAUGGCAUGUCUUUGAGCGACGACGCGAGCGUUGUGCAGUUUGAUGACAACGGCACAAAGGACCACCUGUGGGACAUAUUGCCCGCUGCGAUUGAGGGGUGCUAA